AUGUGUCGUGAUCUUGAGGAGACCCGCCGAAGAGGGUUGCGCAAAUUACAACUCAUCAAGGAGGCCAGAGAAGUCUGUCCAGAUGUGAUCGUUGUACUCGGUGAGGACAUCGGCCGUUUUCGAGAUGCAAGUAAGACGCUAUACCAGUUCCUUCGAAGCUUCUCCUGGAACGACAGAGCAGAGAGACUAGGUUUUGACGAGGUGUGGCUUGAUGUCACUGACAUGAUUGAGUACAACAUCUCUUUGUUGAACCAGCAUGAUUUGUCGCAAUCCUUCUUUGUCCUGCAGAAAGACGAUCCCACCCAGGGGUUUGCAUUUGACGCUACUUGCUACGCGGGUCCAACACACCCGAAUAGUGUAACUGCAGAUGAUGAAGUGCUCUCUCUGAGGCUGAAAAUUGGAUCCCACCUAGCACUUCACCUCCGCAAUGAGCUUGAGAGAAAGACGGGAUACACAUCAACUGUUGGCAUAUCGACCUCCAAGCUGUUAUCCAAACUGGUUGGCAACAUGCACAAACCCAGAGACCAAACAACACUCAUACCGCCAUACGUUUGUCGAGAUGGGCAGGUAGGCAACGUUGUAUCUUUCCUUGACGACUAUGAAAUCGGCAAGAUCCCCGGUAUUGGAUCUAAGCUUGCACAAAAGAUACGCCGACAUAUCCUGCAGCAUGAACCAGACUUUGAAAAGGGCCUUGUGUACGGAGAGACCAAGGAGAGAGUGACCGUAAAGGAUGUUCGUCUUGCUGAAGGUAUGGGCCCUGAGACACUGGAGAAGGUACUGGCUGGUCCAGGCUCUCCACAUGGCAUUGGAAACAAGAUAUGGGCGCUUCUGCAUGGCAUCGACGACACAGAAGUCAGCCUCGCGAAAGCCGUACCUAGUCAGAUAAGCAUCGAAGACAGCUACAUUCGUCUCGAUACUUUGCCUGAGGUAUUGAAGCAACUCAAGAAGCUAAGUUGCAGCCUCAUAGAACGGAUGCGCAUAGAUCUUGUUUCUGCGGUUGAUGACGAAUCUGACCACUCUCCACGAGACGGAGAAUUUGAGCCAGAGCAGGACCUUGAGAAAAACGUCGUUGACCAUGAUAUCAAGCAUGAAUCAAAGCAACCGACAAAAGCGAGAGUCAGGUCACCAACAUGGCUUGCUCAUCCCAAAACUAUCCGCUUGUCUACCAGACCCCGUCUGCCUCUCAACCCAGACGGUACUCGCACUCGAAGUUUCAAGCGCAUCUCUCACUCUGCGCCCUUGCCCAACUACGUCCUGUCUUUGGCGAAUCCUAUUGACGUUAUCGCUGAGAAACUUGUUCAUGACACACUCAUAGGCAUGUUCCGAAAACUUCAUCCAGAAAAAGCUGGCUGGAACUUGAGUCUGGUCAAUCUUGCCGUAACGAACAUGGCUGAAGCUGGCGGUGAGAGCAGAACCGCUAAUGGUCGAGAUAUUGGCAGCAUGUUCAAACGCCAGGAGACUGUCCACAAGGAGUUCACGGCCUAUGCUGAUGAGCCAACGACGCCAGAAGCUGAACCAGCCCAAAAGUCGAAGCCAGAAGAGUCCAGCAUCUCGCUAAACUCCAGUCUCGAAGUGGACGAUAAUAGCUGGAUAGAAGAAGAGAACGAGGACGACGAAAGAUGUGGCAUUUGUGGCAUGCCAGUGCCUCUGUUCGCCAUGCCUGCUCAUCUACGAUUCCAUGAGGUCAAGGAUGAAUAG